ACGCGUCCCGCGGUCCUGGCUCCGUGGGUCCGGUCGGAUCGGGCCUGGGCGCCGGAGCUGCUGUGGCUCCCGCCGCGGCGGGUGCGAUGGAGGCCGUGCCGGAGCCCAGCACUCACGCCGGGAGAGACCGAGACAGCCGGCGGUGCUAGUAGAUGAGGCGGCGACGGCGGCGGCGGCGGCGGCGGCGGCAGCACGGGCUCUCCAUGAGCAAGCGGCGGCGGCGACGGGUGCGGCGGCACCGAAGGUUUUCGGUCCCCGGGGAGGAUGAAGACACUGUUUGAAGAGAUCAAAGCAUCAAUUAAAAAUAACUAUAACCAAGAUCGCUCAUUUUGGAGGCCUGUUCUUCCUUGGGGAGGUGUUUUUACUAUCAAAGCUGGCCGCAAAGCAGUAUCCUGUACACCACUCUAUGUUGAAAUAAGACUGAAAAAUACCUGCACCAUAGAUGGAUUCUUGAUGUUACUAUAUGUCAUUCUGAAUGAAAAUGAAAAUUUUCCCAGGGAACUCUCUCUUCAUUUAGGCAGAGAGUUUAUAGACUGCUUUCUUUAUUUAAUGGACACCUACAGUUUUACAACUGUGAAGCUGCUUUGGAUUUGGGACAAGAUGGAAAAACAGCAAUACAAGUCUGAAGUUCAUAAAGCUUCAUUAAUAAUUGAUUUGUUUGGGAAUGAGCAUGAUAAUUUUACAAAAAAUCUUGAAAAUCUCAUGUCUACCGUACAAGAGAGUUACUGUUCCAACUGGCGAUGCCCAACUCGAGUGCAGGAAGAUCAGCAGCGCACAAUUAAUAUCAAUCCUCCCCAAGAAAUUCCACAUGGCAACUUAAUACGACUGGCUGUGGAUGAGUUAUUCUGUUCCAGGAUUGAACUGUGUGAAGAGCAUGGGUGUGGUGGCUUAAGAGAAUUUUCCCAACGAAUUUUCUGCCACGGCGCACCCCCUUUUGUUGUCUUAAAUAUGCAGCAUUGGAAAUCUGAAGAUCUAGCAUAUGUACCCUAUAACUUGGAUUUAUCUGAUCACAAGUAUUUGUUGGAAGGUGCCACAUUAUUUAACAAAGAGGAACAUCAUUAUUCUGCAGCUUUCCAGAUUGAUGGACAUUGGAUGCACUAUGAUGGCCUCAGAAAUGUGAAUUUAAUUUUGUUAAAUAAACCCCCAGAGUUUCUCCUCUUGUCAUCAUUGGUCUAUAUUCGAGCAACAGAGAAAUAAAUAUAGACUGAUGCUAAAUGAAAUUGUUUUCCCUCCUGCCCAUGCUCCGCAAGAUAAGGAGCUGAAUGUGUACUUGGUAUCCAAGGAAAUAGUUCAACUAUACUAGUUUCAGAGAUGUAUUUUCCAGUGUGUAGCCCCAGAUAAAUGUUUUAUAUAGAGAAUCUAUGCAAAAACAUUUGCAUUUCUUUUUUCUAUAUCCUGGGUUAUUUUUAUACAAGCAUAUUUUAUGUUGAAAUAAAAUAUAUCUUAUAGCCCUUUUAUUUUUUAUUUAUAUGUACCUCAAAGAUUUUUUACAAUUCUGCCCUUGAAUCCAAGAAAAUACAUUGUCAGUUGAAUUCUUAAAAAAAAAAUUUUUUUUUUUUUUUUGGAUAUCCAAAUAAAAUCUGGGUACAAGUCAGUGUUUCAGUUUAUAUAAAUUUAACAGUUCAAAAUGUAUCUGACUGUAUUUCUUUGCCCUACCUCGCUAUAAUCCAAAGUGCACUGUUGGAUCUAGUAUGCAUUUGAAUGUACAAGUUUAUAAAUAGCUUAGUCUAUUUUACCUGUUGUUUUGCCUAAUUUCCCUGAAGCAAUUUUAAAAAUAUUUUGGUGAGAAUGUUUUUCUGGGCUUGAAUUAUUUCUUUAUAAUGGCAAAUUCCUUUAAUCACUUGCAGAAUUAUUGACUACCAGAAGAUUUUAAGUUUUAACUAAAUUCCUAAGCUUAUUUAAAGUUAUUAUUACAAAUAAAUUAUGUAACUAAUCUAAACAUUUAUCUCAUAAUUAAAUGGAAAUUUUUCAAUAAAAAUUUAUUUUGCAGAUAAGACAACUAUAAAAAAGUUAGGCAACUGGAUGUUUACUAAUGUUGGAUUAACAAUAGAAAUAUACUUUAAACAUACACUUAGAGAAAAUGGGUGCCUGAGAAUAUUUCUUUUCCUAGUAAGUCAUAUUGGCACAGAAAAACAAAAACUUAAAUUUUUGGAGUAACACCUCCUGGUUCCCUUGUAAGUAGUAAAUUGAUAGCUUGAGGUUUUGAUUUGCAAUAGAAAUCACCAGAAUUUUAUAGUUAUCAGAAUAUUGUUUCUUUUCAAAGAUCCUAAGAUCUCUCUUCUUUUUGUAAUUUAAAGGAAUAAAUUAAGUACUAUUCUCAAGGGAAACUAUUUUUUGUAUCACCAUAUUUUUUAGUGUUUACAUUUCAAUAAAUAAUCCACCUUAGGUUUUGGGUUGAAAUUGAGCGCAAUAUAUUUGGAGAUUUCUACAUGAUAUCACAGUUCACUGCCAUAUGCCAAAUUUCUAAGGUUUAAUUCAGUAAAUUAAGUCUUACGUUGAUAUGGUGCCAUGUUGAGAUGACUUACUGAAGGAUGGAUAAAUGUAAGUGAAACGUUGCUGAGAACGCCUCACUUUGAGCAAAUACUAUGAAAAUUCCUUUUUUAUAUAAGAUUUUAAAAAUAGUGAUUUAUUUUACAAGAAAAAACAUAUCCCCAGGAUUUGUUUAAAUAGUUCCCCCCAUGUAUUUACACAGAAUUUGAUUUACAGUAAACUUUUUCUGGGGACACUUUAUUGCAUGAAUCAAAGUAUACAAAAACAAAUAGUAGCAUACACAUAAAUGGUAUCAUUAACAAAAUUAUUCCUAAUGCAGAUUUAUUUUUUUUUAGAAAUUGCACUUUAUUUGGAAUACUAGUUUAUCACAAAACAAUGACUUACCUACCUCACAGGGUUGUUGUGAGGAUUUAGAUGUUUGUUAAAAUCUUGACUACCUUGAACAUGCUAAUAAAAAAACAUUUUUUCUACCUCUUUUAUGUA